AUGGCCAGUGAUACUGUCCAAACAUUCCGCCUCUUGAAGACCGGUUGCAAUAUCGUACGAGACCCUCAAGAUCCCAAAUCAAUCAUUGCAAUUAUCGAAUUCACCAAAUUCUCCGAUCUCACGGAAGCGGAUAGAGAAGAGCUCAACUUUGUGUCCACCUUUCUCCGCAAGACCACCCGAUUUAUCAGCAACGUCAAGUCUAAACAACGCGCAUGGGGUGGGAAGAUGUGGGGGAUUGGUUGGAGGAAAUCCUCAGAUGAAGACCAGAUCGCCGGAAGAUACAUCAAGGCGUUUGAGGCUGUGCAUGCUGAAGCCUACCAUGAUCUAUUCUCACUAUCUGGUCGAGUAGGUCAAAUUGUUGGUCGAAAUUUCAAAAAGCUGGCGGAGAUCCCUUUCGGCUCAAAUCGUGACCUCAUGGCUGAACAUGGCCUUCCAUCCUUGGCGGCUUUGGAAUAUGGCGAAGACCUCACAGAAUCCGAUUGUGCACCUCACCUCACCUUCACUACCGAUGGAUUCUUCAACCCACCUCAUACUGACGACGAGGACGUCUCAAAAUACGCUUUUGUCAUGUUCCUUCCAACUCACACCAAGGAUGGCUCUUUGGCCACCGAUGAAGACUCCUACGAUAUUACGUCUGGUCCCUUCAUUUUUCCUGACCACAAGUUUGGCAUCAACUUUGAUCACCAAUUCGGUGUGGUCAAGAUGAUAUGGCAGGCUAAUUCAUACAAGCACUGUACCAUGCCAUCCUCUCAUAGCUCCCGAUUUACCCGCCUGGGAUUGAAGAAUGCAUGUGUUGCGUACCAACAAGGCAAAUACAACAGUGUGGCCAACUACUUUGGAGAUCAUUUCUUUUACUUAUACCGUAGUUGUCUUCAUUUAUCGCUUGUUAUAUUUGCUCUUCUCACAUGA